AUGGUACUCCAUUUCUCACGAUUACCGCAUCAUAGGACUUAUGUCCUGCAUUGGUAUCGAUACACGCUUCGAAAUAUUCCUAAAUAUGUAUGCUCUGAGCAUCUGCAAUUGAGAAUUAGAACCACAGUAAAGACAACUUUGACGAAGCAUAGAUGCGAUAAAUCCAGCUGGAGUAUCUAUAGGCUCUUAAGAGACCUGAAAACAUUAAAUAGUCUUCUCUUGAAAUCAAAAACUGAGAAAGUCUGGGACCUUUUAACGCUCUAUUCGCGGAAAACCUCGGGUAAUGGAAAGAAGCUGCCGCUGCCGCUGAGUGCACCGUCAGAGGCCACUUAUCAAGAUCCUGUAGAUGUGAGAAAUGCCAAGAUACUGCACGACUAUGUUACUGAGAAACAACGACGUUUUCUCUUACCCCAGUACAUUUCUAAAGGGUUCAAAGCGAAGCUUGUGUUCCCUUUAGCUCUACACGAACAAUCUCUCCAAAAAUUGCAUCGAAUAGAAUAUAAACUAGCGUUAGGGCCCCCAAAAGUAUCGCUAAAUCACACUUCUGCUGGUAAGAGUCGAAUCUGGUUCAUAAGAUCUGCCAUCAACAAAGGAAAGCGACAGUCAAAAGAGCUUGGUCGCAUUAUUCGUGAGCAGAAAAAAAAGGGCCAAAAAAACCUUGAUAAUUGGAACGCUUGUCAUGCAAACAGUAGAUGGGCAUGGUAUGAAGCUGUUUGGGAGCACUUAAUAGAACACGGAUCAGUAUUGGGAGGAGGACCUGAAAAGUACUUGAACAGCGCCUCUAAAGCCGCUAACAGGACAAGGCAGACAACGACCAAAACCGACGACAAAGCCGUGGGCGAGUGGCUUGAUCCCAUAAAGGAAUCCCUUGAUUUCCUAAGCACCGAGAGUGAGCAGCAAGCCAAAUAUUUCGACGAAUAUAAGCAGAAAAGAAUCUUUCGCGGCCAAUACCAGUAUUUCGUGCAAAAGACCGAAGUAAUGUAUGAGAACCGUAAACGGCGGUAUACAAAGAUGCUGAAAAAUGACUUGCCGUUUGCAACCCCGUUUUUUGAGACACAGAAUCUUCCGACAAUCAUGAAGGCCCACAAAUUUGUAUCUGGUAAUGCGUAA